AUGACUUUCAUAACAGGCAACACCUUCCGUCAUGGCAUCGAGGCCAUCAACAAUGUAACCUUCGUUCCACUCAAAGGGCUUGCAGAAUACGAUCCCGACAAUCUGUCAGCGACGUUUCCGGACCGCGCCUUGCAACCUCAAGAUGAAACUCUUGCUUUGUGGGAUAUUGAGCAUAUAUUCUUUGGAGCAUUACACGAUCAAUUUGAGGUACUCAGGGAUGUUAUUGAGUCUUCUGAACUUCGAAGCAAGCGUGUUGUGGUCGUUGCUGACUGGUUGGUUACUGGGACAUUGCCGAUAUCGUUGAAGAGUCCGCAUGUGCGUCAAGUUCCUGUGAUCGCAAUAGGACAUAGUGUCUAUUUCGGACUGAGCAAAGACUGUGCGCCUUUCGGAAUGGGUCUACCACCACAAAGCCAAGAGCGGAAUCUGGAACUGAAUGCAAUGACGAAAGAGAUGUUUGGCAAGGUCUUUGCUGGAGCAAAGGAGAUCAUGGCAAGGUAUGAAUGUCCUAGGGGACUUGAACAUGAGUUUGUGGUUGAAGACAUGAUCUACUCUGCCGAUCGCUUUUUCCAGCUCUGUGUGCCUCAACUGGAAUAUCCGAGGUCUGAUUUGCCGCCCAAUGUCGAGUUUACUGGCGCUCUACUGGGGAAAAAUGAUAGCAAGAGGGAGCCGGAUUGGUUUGACAGCUUUGUUCGUGGGGACGAUGAGCGGCCUCUCGUUGUAGUCACUUCUGGAACUGCAGCAUCAGCUGAUGUAGGGCAAUUGAUCGUGCCGACCAUCGAAGCUUGCCGUUCAUUACCAGUGAGAGUUGUGGUCUGUGCCGUCAAUCUCCACCCGCCUAAGGAUAUGCAGAUGCCGGAGAACGUCAAGAUAGCCAAGUGGAUACCAUUCGAGGAGCUGUUCAAGCAUGCCUCGCUCGUAGUGUCCAAUGGAGGUUUUGGCGGCAUCACACAGGCAUUCGCAGCUGGUGUACCCAUGGUGGUUGCAGGUGUGACUGAGGACAAGAUGGAGACCACCGCUCGUGCGGCGAUGACCGGGGCUGCGAUCAACCUCCAGACACAAACACCAAGCGCGGAGCAGGUUAGGCAGGCAAUCGAGACAAUGACUUCGGGAACAAGCUACCAAGAGAAGGCGUUCAAGCUCAAACAGGCAUAUGCGUCGUAUGACACUCUAGGCAUCAUUGAGAGUGCAGUAAGAGUGACAGCAAAGGCUUGA